GACCGCGUGACUGCAGUUGCCAGACUCGAUUCGCAAACUGUGUGGAUGCGAGUGGAGGAGCAAGGCGAUGACGGUGAUGACGGUCUUUAUUCUGUGGGUGAUGGUGAUAACGUGACGGCGGGCAGUGCGACGGGAAGUGUGUCGAGGCGUCGAGUGCUCCUUCAGCUUCUUGCGAUGUGACCGAUAUCUUGCACGACAGCCACUUUGAACCACUGCUUAUCGUGUGAGAACUUUCCUUGUGGAGUUUAAGCGGUUGUGCGGUUGAAGGCUCUGCUCAUUCAAGCCAGAUUUGAGAUUUUGUCAUUGCUCCUGCCAUCCCCGUCAUGAGUACCAACGACCAUAACGGUGAUUCUAGUACAUACUCGAUAAAGAUAUUUUCUGCGCUCGUACGGUCAACUGCUAGCGUAGAACCGCGUAAUUCCAUGCUUCAUGCUGCACCUUCAGAAUCACAUGGCCCACUUGCAAGAAGCUCAGAUCCAGCAUUGGACAUUGCUGUCCACUACAUCAAGCCCUUAAGGUGUGGUGGCCGUGAAUCUUCUGUAGUAGUGGUCGACCUUGCCAGACGAUUUGACGUCCUAGCUUUGGCGCAGCAAGUUGGCGAGCCGCAUCUGCUGGACAGCUUAUCACGUCUGCAUGUGGUACACUGCCCUUGCCCAGAGGCCCUAUUCUGCACAUUAGAGAAACUGCUGCUCAGUGUUGUGCCUAUUGCACUGCUUGCUGUGUAUGCAGCACCCAUGCAUCGCUGGCACAGCCCUCAGGGAAACAUGCAGGUGGCACGCCUUCAAGAGCUGGCCACUGCUCACGGGGCCAAAUUCUAUGCGAUACCACCCACCGUGCGUCUACGGAGCAGACCUAAUGAAGCAUAUUUUGUGUGUGAAUCCGGCGUCCGGAGGUGUAAAUAAAAGUGUU